CAUGUGUCCUUCCUUCUCCUCUGUAUUUGCCCGCUUCGAGUCCUCUGUACCGCAUUUCUCCCCCAUUACAACACCUGACAUUUCUGUGUUUUCAGUGCUUACGCCACUCUGUAGUUUUCCUGAAGAGGAAAUGACCUUCCCCUCCACUCUACCAGUGGGGUGGACUGCCACAGACAGGUGGUGCCUUUUAGCACAGGCUGGUAAAAUCAUUUGAACACAUGUUUUUUAACAUGUCAGUCUUUAAAAGCCACUUCAUAGUUCUUGCAAAUCAGCCAAACAACGUCAUAAUUUUGUUCCUUUUUUUUUUUUUUUUUUUUACUUAUCUGGUUUAACAUUGCCUGUAAUCAGAUCCCUGCUUUUCCCAGGACUGGCCUGCAGAUGUCAGUAUGUUCCCAGCUGCAUGUCUGCAGGAGGCAAGGAGUUCUUCUUUGCUGAUGUUGUUUGUUAGUGGAGUCUUCCUGUUUGGUGUUGCCUAGCUGUCUGACACAUGUUGGCCAUGACACAACCCUGGGAGUGGAGAAACAGGCAGACAGUUUGUCUGAGACGUCCAGAGCCACUGUGACACUUGGCCUUUUUGACAAGUGUAAGCUGACCAAAUGUGCUGACAUGGCACUCAUUCAUCCCAAGCAAAGCCUCGGCCACUGAAGACACCAGCAAACACUAGAGCCUCGAUGAAAAUAAGCCAUUUCUCUUUCAGGAGCGGAGCAGAAGCUGUGCUGGUGAGUGAUCAGGAUGUCAGAGUCAAACGGCCGUGUGAGCUCCUGGAGCAGUAGCCAAGUGGCCCAGUGGCUGCAGGACGAAGGUUUCGGGCAGUACGUGGACUUGUUGUGUUCGCAGCACCGCAUCGAUGGCGUCAGUCUGCUGGCUCUGACUGAAGCCGACCUGCGGGGUCCUCCCCUUAGCCUCACUGUGCUGGGACACAUCAAACGCCUGAAUGUAGCCCUCCGGCGCCUCCAGAGGGAGAAUAAAGCUGAGCUGGAGGAGCUGGGUCUAUGGCCUCCAGAUGCUAACUCUGCUGGACUCUCGCUGGGCGCUUCGAGGGCUGAGUGGAGCUGUGAUGGAGCUGAAAGAAGGGGAUGUAAUGGAGGAGAUCAUUUGUGCAAUGGGAUGGAGCUGCGGCUGAGGAACGGUAGCAGUCAUGGGUGUGCGCCUGGGGCAGCGCUAUGUCAAGCACACUCCAAUGGGAGGUUUCAACAGCCAAUGAUGGGCAGAUUGGAUCCUGAGGUCUGGAAGACGGUCAUUAGUUCUGUAUAUGUAUUCUUAGUGUGUGGACUGACCUCCUUCGUCAUGGUUAUUGUGCAUGAGCGUGUCCCUGACAUGAGGACUUACCCGCCUCUUCCUGAUAUAUUCCUGGACAGUGUACCCAGAAUCCCUUGGGCAUUUGUGAUGGCUGAAGCUUGUGGCCUUAUCUUGUGUUACAUGUUUUUGUUGAUCCUGCUCCUUCACAAGCACAGGUCAAUUCUCCUCAGACGGCUGUGUUCUCUGAUGGGAACAGUGUUUCUGCUUCGUUGUUGCACCAUGUUUGUCACCUCGCUCUCUGUGCCUGGGCAGCACCUGAAAUGUGCCAGCCUGUCUUAUGGUGACACUUGGGGAAAGAUCCAGAGAGCCCUGGCCAUAUGGAGUGGGUUUGGGAUGACUCUUACAGGUGUCCAGACCUGUGGAGACUACAUGUUCAGCGGCCACACUGUGGUCAUCACAAUGCUCAACUUCUUUGUCACUGAAUACACACCGAGAAACUGGAAUUUGAUCCAUACCAUCUCCUGGGUGUUGAACCUGUUUGGGAUUUUCUUCAUCCUGGCGGCCCAUGAGCACUACUCCAUCGAUGUCUUCAUAGCCUUCUACAUCACCACACGCCUCUUCCUCUACUACCACACACUAGCCAACACACGUGCCUUCCAGCACAGUCGCAGGGCUCGCAUUUGGUUCCCCAUGUUUUCCUUUUUUGAGUGCAAUGUGAAUGGACCCGUUCCUAACCAGUAUCACUGGCCCUUCAGUAAACCAGCCUUCAUGAAAAUUCUAAUUGGAUAAAGAGUCUUGAACAAUAAUCGAGCUUUUUCGUAGCAGUGCCUCAAAUAUAUUUUUUUUACGUUAAUUACAUUGUUAUGUUCAUGUUUCUUCUUUUGCAAAUUAAUUAUUGUUUUUCUCAGGUUCAAGUGAACAGCUAUGCAGUUUAAGUUGAGUACUUUAAAAAUCUUUAAAAAGAUGAGCUCCAUUUAGCAGACUUCUGUCAGUAUGCUAUAUAGAGCUGGCAGCUAGUUAGCUUAGCAUACAGGAAACUUUUCUUUCAGAUUUAAAUUGCACGUCUUUUGAUAAAUUAAUAAUACUGACUUGUUUAUCAUAAAAGCGGAGGACACUGGCAUUUUCUGGAAGAUUGUACACUAUGUAGCAAUUUUAUUAACUUCCACCUUUUGGAUGUUUACAGCUCAAUAGUAAUUUAUAAAAUUUUGUAUACAAAGUAAUGCAAUAUGACAAGUUCUUUUUUAAAGAGUGAAUUUGCUGAAAGUUUACAUUUUGCUGCAAAGAGCACUUUAGUAAGUUCAUCCAAAAUAGCCUUUUUAUCAAUAUGCAACCAAAUACUUGUACUUCCAGACACACCGAGAAACUGGAAAGAUUUAUUUCAGGGACAUUUUUAUUUCUGUCAUUUUACAUUAAAUGAAUAGUUGACUUAUAAUGAAUUUGAAAUGGAAAAUUAAGUUUAUGAUUCAGUUAUUUUUUGUAUUUUUAUCUUACUUUUGCAUACAGUGUAGAUAUACUUGACAUUUGUUUUGUUACUUGGUGGAAAGAAAACACUUUGUCAACCAAAGACUGGAAGUUUGUUUACAAUAAUGUGGCUUAUUUUUUGUUUUAUUUUCUUCUCUUUUGUCUUAUGAAUGAAGUUUUUGUUUUGGAAAACUUUCAUAUUGGUCUUCAGCUUUUUUUUACACUGCAGCUGUGUGCAUGUGUCUUUAUGUAAAUGACCAAAAAGAGCAUGUUGCGUCAUGUAGUCUCUUCGUUCUAAGAAAUGUUCUUGAACAUGCAAUUUUAACGUAAUCUGUGCACUUGUUCCCCACCUUAAAACAAAUGUCUGACAAAUCACUGUUCAAAUAUUUGAAUCAAAGAAAUGCAGGGCUGCACACCCACUGAUAUAAACCAUCAUUGUAACUCUCAGCUUUCAUACACUAAUCUCUUAAUGACUGCAUCAGAUCUCAUCUGAAGAUUAUAUGUAUUUGGCAAAUUGGGGCUGCUGUAAUUCUUACUAAUUAAUAUAUUUGGAAUAAACAAAACUUUUUUGUAG